GUCGUCGUUUGACCGCAAUGACCAGGACGAAACAAGAGCACUUCAAUCUGCCAUGGUGCUGUCCGUGCGGAACCUAUUUGUGGGCGGCGCAGCCGCUUUCGCCGCCAUGAAUCAUGCGAGUCGAUGCGGCGACGAGACGUUGAGCCUCCUCCAACGGUAUGGCGGGGCCUGCCAAGCGCGCAACAUCCCAUUGUCCACACGAUGGUGUUCCGUGACGCCGUGUCGGGACUUGUUAGCGCGAGUGACGAAGCGCGGAUGUCGCAACAGCAGGUUCAUGCGCGUGAUCGCUCGUUGCGAAGGCUCUGCUGCUGUGAACGAAGAGGACGAUCUCGACGGCGACGGCGAGAGCGACUUUGCCUCCAUCCGCCGCGAGGCGCAGAACGCCGGCAAGUACGACAAGGAUGCACUGACAAAGGAAGCAUUGGACAAGAAGAUCCUGGCCCAGUUCAAGAAGAAAGCCAAAGCAAAGGCGGGUUUGGCCAGGAAGAAGUUGAAGAAAGCCGCCAAGGCAUUGAUGCCCGUGAUGGCGCCGCCGCCGCUUCCUCCACCCCCCGUCGACUCGUACUAUUCCGACCAAGAUUACGCUGAUGACUUGGAUGACUCACACUCGAAUGAUGACGACAUCGGUGAUGACGACGAAUUCGACCAAUACGACUUUGGUAACUACGACCAAUGGGACGUCGGUGACGACAUUGGUGACGACAACGGCGUGGAGUAUGACGUUAUCAACGACCAUCGGGACAUUCAGAACGGUGGAGUGCGUGACACGAACGCGUUGACGGACGAUGCUGCACUCGCCAACAAGAUCAAAAGAGACUUUGACCAACGGAUUCGCAGCAUUGUGGACCAGGAGAAUCGCGCCAUUGUCAUAGCCUUCCGCGGCAGCGCCGACGACGUUCAUGCGGACAUGGAUGACGACGAUGACGAUGACGAUGAUGACGAUGCAUGA